AUGGGAGACAAUUACUCGACUUACUUGCUUGAUAUUGAAGGGACAGUGUGCCCGAUCUCGUUCGUGAAGGAGACUUUAUUCCCUUAUUUCACGAAUAAAGUGCCGCAAUUGGUUCAACAGGAUACAAGGGACUCCCCGGUUUCCAACAUUCUGUCGCAGUUUCACAUCGACAAUAAGGAGCAGUUGCAGGCGCAUAUUUUGGAGUUGGUGGCCAAGGAUGUGAAGGAUCCAAUCUUGAAACAGUUGCAAGGCUACGUCUGGGCUCACGGAUACGAAUCUGGGCAGAUUAAGGCGCCCGUUUAUGCAGAUGCUAUUGACUUUAUCAAGAGGAAGAAGCGUGUGUUUAUCUACUCUAGUGGAUCUGUAAAGGCACAGAAAUUGCUGUUCGGGUAUGUUCAGGAUCCCAACGCGCCUGCGCAUGAUUCGUUGGAUUUGAAUUCUUAUAUAGAUGGUUAUUUCGACAUCAACACUUCUGGAAAGAAAACCGAAACACAGUCUUACGCCAACAUCUUGCGGGAUAUCGGUGCGAAGGCUAGCGAGGUACUGUUCUUGAGCGAUAAUCCAUUGGAAUUGGACGCAGCGGCCGGCGUUGGAAUAGCUACUGGGUUAGCUUCCCGACCUGGUAAUGCACCUGUCCCCGAUGGGCAAAAGUACCAGGUAUACAAGAAUUUUGAAACUCUUUAA